AUGACAGCAAGAAUCCUCCCCAAAGAGGCGACGGAACUGGUAGCCAAAGCCUGGGAUGCCGAGAAGCGCUCGGAGGCCCUGGCAGAGGAAGCACGAGCACUGCGGCGGCAGCGGAGCGCAGCACAAGCAAAGGCGGAGGCGACGGAGGUGGCACUGGCGGAGUGCCGCGCCGAGAGUGAGGCGGCAAGCUCUCGUGCUGCAGCUUCAGACGAGACGGAGAUUGCAAAGCUGCGGGAGACGCUGCACCGUUGUCAAGCGGACUUGGUGCAUGCCGAGCUGGAGGCUGAGGCGGCUGCGCGGCGGGCCUCGGCGAUAGUGCCGUCGCUCAGCGAGCUGACGGAGACGCCUUCGAGCGUGGAGCGCGUCGAGCGCGUGGAGCGCGCCGAGCGCCGAGCGCCGCGACCGGCUCUGGGGCUCGACGAGCCUGGCCCUGGCGACGGCCCAAGGGCCUCCCGGGCCGGGACCCUUGAGGCCCUGGAGGACAUCAUCGAGGCGGUGAAGCAGCACGACUUGAAGAUGACCGCGAUCAAAUCGGAGCUCACUCGCAGAGAGGAAACGGGCAAUGCGACUCCGGAUGAGGCGACAGUCUUUGAACUCCAAACUCGACGAGAUGAGCUGGAGGAGCGCCUUCGCAUCCUCGAGGCCACCCGCCACGCGGACCUUGCACGGUGGCGUUCUGCCGCACUUCGGCCAGAGAUGUUCGGAGAUGUGCUGCUGUUUUUUUGCACUCCCGGCGCGGAUGCAGUGUUGUCCGAGGACGAGAGCACCCUGCGCGACCUUUCUCUUCUUGAGGACACUCGGACACUCUCUGGGGAGGCCCACAAGAUGUUUCGAGUUGGAUGCGAGACUCAGGAAGAAGAGACGGCUGUUUCGGCUCGUGGUGCUCUGGCUGUACGGGUGUCGUACAUGUUUGGUUGUGGCAACCUGGCGCACUCAGACAAAGACGAACCGAGGGAGCGACGAAAGCACGCAGACAGAGGCAGAGAGCAUCAGUCGAAGACUGUGCUGCAGGAGGAGGCCGUGGAGGAACGCGCCGAGGUUCGCGAGGAGUUGGCCGUGGCACGCUGCCUGGUCGCCGAGGCAUCCGACGCUCGGCGCCUCCUUGGAGAGCUCUGUGGCCGCCGAGAAACUCUUCGGGCCAAGCAGGCCAUGCAGCAGGCCCGCCUCGAUUUCUUGACUGCAGCGGGAGACGAGGCGAGCAGAGCCGCUACAAAGGCUAGCCUGCUGGCGCCGCUCCCUCCUCGCAGGGCGCUGGCCGUCAGGCCAAAGCUGGAUAUGGUUGCUGUGGAGCAUCGCACCGCGCAACUUCGCGAGGAGGUGGCCUCGCUGAAGAAGCAGUUUUCCGUGAAGGACGACACGCGGCACGCGUGGCAGCAAGAGAUGCUGGAGCUUCGCGGCCGUCAUGAGACUGUGCUCUGUGAGAAGGCGGAGGAAGAUUCUAGGGAAGGCGCACGACUCCCGGCAGUCAUGGCGAAGAGCCUGCGGCAGCUCGGAGAAAAGAUGCCCUUGCGAGUCGCAGCUGGAAAGAGACCAAGGCCAACUUCGGUGAAGCAAGCACGGAAGCCCAACGAGAAUACCGUGGCCAAAGUUCUCGGGUCCCUUCUGCAGCUCCUGGCAGAGACCCAGCGCCGAGCCGUCUGCAGCAACGUCGCAGUGGAACGAUAUCGCAAAGCCGCCCUGGCGGCUGGAGCUAGAGGGCCGGCGGUGCGACCCUUUCCUCGCGCGGCUGCGCGACAGCUGGAGCAGGCCUUGCAUUGCGCUGCAAGGGCCGACGACGAGGCCAGCUGCCUGGAAACGCACGAGCGAUCCCGCUUGGAGGCAGCGGCCGGCGAGAUGUUUUCUGAGCUAGAAGAGACGCGUGGACAAGGUGAGCAGCUCGAGGUCCGACGCCUGGCCGCCGUGGCCACGCUCAGAGCGCAGGAGGCCAGGGCCGCAGACGAGGCUCGUGCCAGGGCCUUAGACCCCUCCUGGCGUGACGAGGCCGUGGAAGAGGCCUGGCGGCUCGCCCGUGAGACUGGGCGCGCCCCUGCAGCGGAUGGUGAGGCUGAGGAUGUUCUUCGAGCUGCCCAGGUACUGCGCCUCCUGGGACUGCAGCUGGUGGCCUGGGAGUUGGCUGAGAACCUGAAAAGUGCGCAUCUCAGGGCGGACAGUCUGGAAGUGGCGAAUGCUGCCCUUGCGAGGGUCGUGACGCAGCAGGCCACGUCUGGCCGUCUUGGGCCUGUGAGUCCGCCGCGGGUGAUCGAGGCAGCAUGGGCUUCGAAGCGGGUAAAGCUGGCGGAGGCCGAGCAGAGGCAGCGAGAAGCUUCGCGGCUUCAAGCGGAGGUGCAGACCUUCCAGGCCGAGCUCGCGCAGGCGCGGCGCUCCGAGGCCGAAGCCGCAGCCGAGCUGGCCAGGGCCGGUGAAGGCACGGCUCGCAGAUCGGUGCAGCAGCAGAAGCAGGAGCUUGCUCCGGAGAUGCAGGAUCCCAAGCUCCUGACCAGCAUGCUGGACGUCAUGCACCAGGUAAUGGAGAUGUGUUCUGGCAUGCUGCCUGCCCGGGAGCAAGCCACAGCAGGCUCCGAUGAUGCGAUGGCAACCAUCCUCAGGGAGGUGAAGGAGCUGGGUGGCUUCUGCCAGAAGCUCCAGCAAGAUGUCCUCUCCCAAAGGCAAUCACUCUCGGAAAUCGCCGUGCAGUCGUCGGUGGAUGGCCAGAGCCAGAGGGACGAGACUUCGAAGCGGAUGGAAGCUCUGUUGGAGCUGCAGCAUGAGCUCCAGCUGCAGUACAAGACGGCAGCGGAAGCGGUGCUCGGCCUGCGCCAGGACGUGGCCGAAAAGGCCCUUUGUGAGGAGGAGCUGCAGGCGGAGGUCCUGAGCGAGGAGAAGGCGAUUCGAGCAGCGGAGGCCGUGUUGAAAGUGGAGUCCGCUGCUGAGAGCACAGUGUCCCUACCGCUUCUUGCCGACGUGGAGGCCACACCGGAAGCAGCACGGCUCAAGGAGCUGUGUCGCCAGGAGCGCCUUCAGAUCCAGGAGGCAGCCGUGGAGGCCGAUCGCAGACGACGCCACUUCGAGGAGCAGAGGGCCCUGGCCGCUUCGGCUGCCGCCAAGGCCUCCGAAGAGGUUUCGAGGGCGGAGGCGGAGCGCAGCCAGGUCCGUCUUGCAGAGGAGGCCAGCGCGGGCGCGGAGGCCGCCUUGGUCUCCGCACGGCGGCGGCAGCGGAAUCGAGACGAGGCUCGGGCCGAGGAGCUCGCUGCAACGGACUGGGCAUCCCACGUCGACGAGGAGAUGCGAGCGAAGGAGAGCUUGAAGAAUUGCGAGGAGAAGCUGAAAGAAGAGGCACUGGAGUCCGAGCGGCUGCGCCGGGAGACCCUCCGUGUCGAGGGCGCGCACUGGGAGCUCCAGAAGCGCUUUUCCCCAUCGCUGAAGCGCAUCGACGAGCUGCGCCACCGCCGUGCAACCCUGGAGACGGAAACUCAACGAGUGGGGGCCUAUCCCGAGAGGGCUGUACAGGCGACCCAGAACCGCGUGGUGCAGGUGGAGGGACAGGUCUCUGAUAUCUUCGGGCAGCUCGAGCAGGUUGCCGCAGAGGAGCAGCAGCACAAGGCAGAGGCGCUGGUUUAUGCCUCCCAGGCGGCCGCCGCAGCGAAGCUUGGCGCCGAGGCUGCGGAGCACGAGGCUGCCGCAGAGCUGCGGCUGGAAGCCGUGCAGGCCCAGGAGAAAUGGCAGGAGAUUGCGCACCGCGAUGAGCACCACGCUUGGCGGAACCAGGUGCAGGAGCUGCAGGAGCAGCAGCACCGCAGCCGGCGUGCACGCGCAGCAGCCGAGGCUUCUCAGCUGGAGGUGGAGGCCGCACUGCGACGUGACACCCAGCGCCAGAAGGUGGCCGAGCUCAACGCAUCGUUGCAGGAUGCCGAGUCCCGUUGUGCCGCUGCCCAGCGGAAGGGGCACGGAGGAACGGGUUCGGGGCCACGGCAGAAGGAGCAGGUGCUUUUGACGGAGCUGGCGGCCAUCCGAAGCCAGGAGGCCACGUUGCUCGAAGAGAUGGAGGCCUUGCGCCAAGCGGCUGAUGCGUCUGCGUCGCCUGGGCCGGAGCCGACGGAGCCGAUCGUCGAGCAGAAGCCACGUGCUGUGGCCCCGGCCGGGGAGCUACAGCGGCUCCACGCUCAGCUGCGCCGAGCCCGCGAACAAAAAGAGGUCUUGAAGCAGGAAGUGGCUGCUGGCGAGCGUGAGGAGCAGCUCUUGCGCAAGGAAUUGGAAGAAGUGGAGCAGCAGCUGCGGUUGAGCAGGGACGAUGCUGAGCGGAAGCGUGGCUACAUCGCAACGCUGCAGCUCCACUGUGGGGAAGCAUCCCAAGGGGGCCCCGAGCAACUGGAGGCCCAGGUCGAGCGCCAGGCUGAGCUGAGCAAAGGCAUCGCCAAGGUGCGCCAGAGCAUCGUCAGCAAAGAUGUGCAACUGAAGGCCAGGGCCAUGAGGGAAACGAAGAGCUUCCCCUCAGCUUGGACCCCGCAGGAACACGAA